AUGAAGUAUUGGGUUUGGGCUGUAAUUUCUGCCUCUCUGACGGUGUUAAUUCUGGAUAGAGUAAAAUGCCAGACCACUGUGUACAUUGACAACGGAGCGUUACAGGGAGCGACAGAAACUGUACAAGGGAACAGAGUGGAUGUAUUCUUAGGUAUACCAUUCGCCAAGCCUCCAGUGGGAGAUCUCAGGUUUAGGUUACCAGAGCCUGCAGAGAACUGGGAAGGUGUUAUAGAUGCCACGGCGUUUGGGCCUGCCUGCAUGCAAGUUGCAUCGAAUCCUAACGGUUUUCCCGGUCCUGAGACGGUUUCAGAGGAUUGCCUGACUCUCAACGUUUUUGUUCCUGGAUCCACAAACACUUCCAACAAUAGGGCGGUAAUGGUCUGGAUAUAUGGCGGGGGUUACAACAUAGGUGGAACAUCCGUAUACAGUUUCAAAGAAUUUGCUGUAACAGGUGACGUCAUUGUGGUGUCUAUGAACUACCGCCUGAAUGUGUUCGGGUUUCUCAGCACUGGUGACAACAGCAUACCAGGUAAUAUAGGACUGUGGGACCAAAUUGAGGCGCUGAAAUGGAUCAAGAAGAAUAUCCAGUACUUUGGCGGGGACCCUGGAAGGGUGACGAUUUUUGGCGAAUCUGCAGGUGGCAGUUGUGUGACACAGCUGGCCCUGACACAUGCUUCCUCAGGACUCUUUCACCGCUUGAUAAGCCAGAGUGGUGCUGCAAACGCUUAUUGGGCAACGUCAGAAAAUGGUCCAGAACUUGCUGUGAGAACUGGGAACAUUGUUGGCUGUCCAACAGCAAACAUAACGGCCCUUGUAAAUUGUCUUCGCACCAUAGACGCUGAGGAACUCGUCAAUGCCAGUGAGCAGGCCACUGUAGGGCUCAUUGGAUUCUUUUACAGACCUUCAAUCGAUGGUGUCUUGCUUACUAAACCAAUAUCAGAGAUGUUAAGUGAUCCUGUUGUUUUGCAGCGCCUCCGUUCUUUCGACUUUGUUACUGGGUUUCUUGAUGGAGACGGAGGAGUCUAUGUUCUGAAUAACUACCCAUAUGGAAUUAAUCCGCUUUACUUCCGCGACAUAUUGAUCCCCUUUUGGACAGAUUUAGUGUUUGAAAACAGCACGAAAAUUGUCAACGCAAUUAAGGAAUUCUACUAUGACAAAAACGCCAGCAGUAUCGAAGCCGCUCGCGAUUAUGUCGAUUUCCUUACUGACAUUACUUUCACUCAACCGAUGUUUAAAUUCAUGACGUCGUAUCUCUCUGAAGAAGGAGGACGCACUUAUCUUUACUACUUCAUGAGAAAGCCGCUGUAUGGAAAUGUUAUGUCGGGUUCACCAUCUUGGUUUCAGAGAGCAAAUCACGGAGACGACCUUCAUUUUAUGAUUGGUUCACACGAACCUUUCGUCUCUGGUGCCACUUUCACGGACGAUGAGAAGAAUUUAUCUAAAAUGUUGAUACAAUAUUGGUCAAACUUUGCCAAGACUGGAAAUCCAAACAUGCCAGAGCCUGUUCCAGCAAUAUGGGAGGAAUACACUGUGAAUAAAAAGCACUACCUCGAGUUUGGAGACGUCAUAGUGGGAAAGAAAAGAGUUGUUCCAAAACGGGUCAAGUUUUGGAUGAAAAGCAUCCCGAGAAUCAUAUCUCGUUCCCCAUGA